CUGCUUCCCAGUUCACACGGACAAAGUUGGCCUUCCGUUUUCUCCGCUCUCUCUCUCUCUCUCUCUCUCUCUCUCUUCUUCUUCUCCUCCUCAUUUUCUCAGUCUAUUCGGCCAUGGACAUGGACGACUUGGAGUCAAUAGGCCAUAAUAGGAACAGCUCGCGCUGUUGCUUUUGCAUCCCUUCGUCGUCGCGGUGGUGGGACCGGGUUCGGAACGACGACGGAUGGUGGUCCAGAGGCAAGAGGGCCAUUUACAAGGUCAGGGAGUGGUCCGAGAUCGUCGCCGGUCCCAAGUGGAAGACUUUCAUCCGGCGGUUCAAUCGUAGCAAGAGCGGCGGCGGAAGCGGCGGAGGUAGGCACGGCAAGUUUCAGUACGAUCCGUUGAGUUACGCUUUGAACUUCGACGAGGGCCCGGUGGCGGAGGAGGAGGACGAGUCGGGAGGGUUUCGCGAUUUCUCGGCCCGGUUCGCUCCGGUGAAGAGCUCGGACCCGGUUCAGUUGGGGAAGGACGUUGCGGUUCAUGCGUGAAAAUCGCGCCGGAAUUGGUGUGAUUGCUCGCUGGAUUGGACACUCGAUGAGCUGGAAUGUGGUGGAACGUUUGACCGGGAUGUCUGACGCGGCGCCGCCACUUGAUUUUAUUUAUUUGUUUUUUUAGGUUUUUUUGCCCUUUUCUUUUUGGUGGUGGUGGGUGUACAAAGCCAACUAUGAAAUACUGUGGACGAUAAUUAUGAUGAUGAUGAGGAUGCGUGCAAGAUUAUAGGGAUAAAUCAAUUAAUUAAUAAAUCUUUAAUUUUGCUGAGA